UAUGAAGAAAACAGACUGUUAUUGACUAUGUGGACAAUCUGGGUGAUAAUCUUCUGGAUUUCAACUGUCCCGAUCAAAGCUGUUCCACCUGUCUGUGACCUCCUGAGCGUCCUGAAAAGGGAGGAAGAAAAGUGUGCUGAGACUCUCUCCCUGGAGGCACAGAACAGAACGACUGAAAAUGAUCUGCUCCUGAGCUCAGGCAGGUGUGCUGGAAUGUGGGAUAACAUGAGUUGCUGGCCUUCGUCUACUGUGGGACAGACUGUCAAUGCUCAUUGCCCCGAAUUCUUCCAGAUGCUGACUGGGAAAAAAGGUUUUGUCUACAGAAAUUGUACAAGUGAGGGCUGGUCAGACCCGUAUCCGAGACCUGAUAUUGCUUGUGGCUACAAUGUCAAUGACACGACCAACGAGGCAAGACGUUCCUAUUUCAUGACCUUGAAGACCAUGUACACCGUCGGAUACUGCACCUCCCUGGUGACGCUGAUGAUAGCCUUAGCGGUCCUGGCCUCUUUCAGAAGACUUCGCUGCACAAGGAACUACAUCCACAUGCAUCUCUUCACAUCGUUCAUUUUGCGAGCCUCAUCCAACUUCAUCAAGGAUGCUGUUUUGUUUUCCUCUGAAGACAUAAAUUACUGUGGGGCACACACGGCUGGCUGCAAGCUCACCAUGGUCUUCUUUCAGUAUUGCAUCAUGUCUAACUACAGCUGGCUCCUCGUGGAGGGACUGUACCUCCACACUCUCCUGGUUAUUUCUUUCUUCUCGGAAAGGAAGUUCCUCUGGUGGUUCAUUGUCCUCGGAUGGGGUGCCCCAACCGUGUUCGUGGCUGCAUGGGCGACUGCCAGGCAGCUCCAUGAAAAUAUUGGGUGUUGGGACAUUAACACUAAUGCCAAUACCUGGUGGAUCAUUAGAGGCCCCAUAGUUUUGUCUAUUUUUAUUAAUUUCAUUCUCUUUGUCAACAUUUUAAGAAUCUUGAUGAGGAAGCUCAGCUCACCUGAAAGACGGAGCAGUGAUUUCAACCAAUACAAGAGACUUGCAAAGUCAACGCUCCUCCUCAUCCCUCUCUUUGGGGUCCACUACAUCAUCUUUGCUUUCUUCCCUGAAGAUGCAAGCAGCGGCGCAAUGGAAAUUCAGUUGUUUUUUGAAUUGGCUCUUGGAUCAUUCCAGGGCUUUGUUGUGGCUGUACUUUAUUGUUUUCUUAACGGUGAGGUUCAGCUGGAAGUUCAGAGAAAAUGGAGGCAGUGGCAUCUAAGCAAACACUUCCGUCAGCAUCUCAGCACCUCAGCGAGUAACGGAGGAAGCGGCUUGACUCAAGAGAUGCACAUGGUGAGGUCGAGCCCACCAGAGCACAGGAGAGAAACCCUCCAAAGAUCAAGCAUGCUUUAACACCAUAUGCCUGGAGGACACCUCCAUGCUCAGAUACACAUGGCUAAGUCCCAUGGGCUGAGCUGGGAGUCUUGUGUACGUAUCCAAAAGCGGGACUUGGCUGAAGGUCAACAGUUCUCGAAGCACAUCUGUUCAUGUAUAUCCUGUGUAGCACCACAGUUAUUUUGCAAAGCAAAAUGGGCCAAAACUCUUCCUUGAGUUUCUGGCCACAGUAAUUUGUGUUUCUUUCCACAUCAGUAUUUUUCAGCUGCUAUUUCCACCUUAAAUGUGACUUUUCAUUUUCCAUGUGGCUCUCCAACAGCUUCCAGGCUAAUCCAGGCUGGUGAGUUUUAGUUGUUCUCCAUUUUUUCUGCCAUGGAAGCUGGGAGGACAUUCAAUUUUAAAUGACGAAGGUUACUUGUCGUCCUUAAACACAGCCCGUGGGUUUGAAAUGCAAAAUUAACACAUACCUAAAAUUUAUCAAGGUUCAAAGCUUUCUUCCUUUGCCUCUUUUAACAGUGGAGACCUUGGAAACAACAGUGGUCCAAUUUGGAUAUUUUUAUCAUUUUGAAAUGGUAAAAAAGCUGUUAUUGCAUAUUCCAAGAGUGGCCUAAAAAACUUCAGAAAGAUAGCUACUUCCUAUUGUGUUUGUACCUCUGAGACUGGUCCAUUUUGUCUUUGAAGGGAAGAAAUGAAAGUACUUGAGAUGUUUAAAACUCAAUUGAACUGGACAGUAGAACCUGUCUGGUGAAAAAAAAUAUCAUAUUGGCUACCAAAAAUCUCUUUAGAGUCUACAAUCACCCAGUGUGCUGAAAUCUGCAAGACUGUGCACUGUAAUAUGCUGUCACAAGGUAUUAGAGCUAUUACAGUUUUAUGUUCUAAAGGACAUAAAUAAGAA